AUGCGCUCAGGCUUCGGCAUUACUGGAGGCACAGUUUGUCCUGAAUGGAGGCAGCCACGCGAUCAGCCUGAAGAGUCCCAGGUGACAGUCGCCGGCGGGGAUAUUAUGAGCUCCUACCCCAGGUGUCACUUUCACGAAGAAGCCAAGUUUUCCCGUUGUUUACGCGCCGGGGCUUUUCAGCUCUAGUGCCCGGAGCCAUGCAGAGACUGGGGUGUUUUAAAAGUUGCAGGCAGUUGCUCAGAUCAAUCUGCGAGGGAGCAGCUAAACCAGCGAGCAGCCCGAGAAGUUACAGCCGCGGUCCCAGCUCCUUUGGGCUCCUCUUUGACAUAGAUGGGGUCCUGAUCCGAGGUAGGACCCCGAUCCCAGAAGCCAAGCAGUGCUUCAGAAACCUGGUGGACCGCAAUGGGAAGUACAAGGUACCCGUGGUGUUUGUGACAAACGCAGGGAACUGCAUGAGGCAGACUAAAGCCGAGCAUCUGUCUCAUCUGCUGGAGGUGGAGGUGUCUCCAGACCAGGUGAUGCUGUCCCACAGUCCUCUGCGAAUGUUUACCCAGUUUCACAAAAUGUGCGUUCUGGCCUCGGGCCAGGGACCUGUUGAGGAGGUGGCUCACAACCUGGGCUUUGAGGAUGUGGUUACCAUAGAUAUGCUCAGAGAUGCGUAUCCAGUCCUGGAUGUUGUUGACCACGACAGAAGACCCAAAGACUCAAUUCCACCCACUAAAGGCUUACGGCCAAUAGAUGCUAUAAUUUUAUUUGGUGAGCCAAUCAGAUGGGAGACCAACCUCCAGCUCAUCAUUGAUGUUCUGCUAACCAGUGGAAAACCGGGCAAAUCAUGGACCGCGACCAAGUAUCCUCACAUCCCAGUCCUGGCCUGCAACAUGGACCUGCUGUGGAUGGCAGAGGCAAGAAAUCCAAGGUUUGGACAUGGCAUGUUCCUGGUUUGCUUGGAGAGUUUGUACAAGAAAAUCACCGGAUAUGAUCUGAAGUAUGAGGCUCUGAUUGGUAAACCAAGUGUGGUGACGUAUAACUACGCCGAGCUGCUGAUCAGACAACAGGCGGAGACACUUGGCUGGAAGACACCUGUGAAGACGCUUUAUGCUAUAGGAGACAACCCUAUGGCAGACAUAUAUGGGGCCAACCUCUACAAUCGCUACCUUCAGGCCUCUCGGCGUACCAAAGCCAAAGUGCAGGCCAAGAGCUGUGGAGGGGGAGCAGAUCCCACCGCUGAAGCUGUCGACAGUAAAAUGACAGCGACGGAAAUGGGCGGCGCCGCCUACGGGUCCGAGGAGGAGCUCCCCGAGGGUUGCAGCUCCAUCCUGGUUUGUACAGGGGUGUACAGCAGAGACCAGGAGGAGCUGCCUUCAGACCCAGCGCAAACGGUCACUGAGCAGCGCAUCUUCCAUGGCCACAGGGACUUCCGCUUCGACCCCACCCUCACACAGCCCUCCUUCGUGGUGCAGGAUGUGAAGGAGGCAGUGGAGCUGGUUUUCCAGCAGGAGGGCUGGCCUUUGGUAUAGUACAAGCACCAAAAAAUAUUCAAAUGGUUUAUCUUUUUUUUAAAGCUUUCAUAUGCAGCCUGGCUUUGAUAAUAGAUUCAGAUUAUCUGCAAAAAGCAGAACUGAGGCUCCCAACAUGGCACCCUGUGUAUGUACACCUCUAUUUAAAUGGAAGGUUUUACGGUCUAAAAGAAAUUAGAUGACGAUAAAUAAUUUCAAAACUUUUUUAACCAUUAAUGUGGCAAAUAAUAUGGAUUUGUUUGUACUUUGAGAAACAAAUCUGUUAGAAGGGCGGGGGGUAUAAGAAGAUUCAAUAAUGUUUCAUAAAUGUGCACAACCUUAAGAUAAUUGUUUGUUGAAGCUAAUUCAGCCUUUUUUUGGGAGGAAUUACCUUAACCACAUCUUCACUUGGUACUAUUUGCUCAUUCUGCCUUUCAAACGUUCACCAUCAGAUGGGGAAGACAUUAAUUUUGCACAACCCACUUCAGGUGACCCCUAAAACGUUUGGAUCCUGACUCUGGCUAAGGUUAACAAAACCAAAUUUAUUCUCUAAUUGAUUCAUUAUGUUAAUUUGGACAUAAGAUAUAUAUCCAGUGCUCAACAGCCACUCUCCUGCAGCCUUUUAUUAUUAAACCUUUAUUUAUUCAGAUAGUGUCAUUGAGUCUUGAAUUCUCGUUCACAAGACACCCCCAUUAGCACAUAUUUAAAAACACAUCCCAGGUCCAGCACACCUGAAUCAAAUUAAUAUUGGCUGAUUUAGUGGUCUCUGUGGCAGUGGAUGACCUGGUAGGUAAUUAACUAAUGAAUAAAUGCAGGGCGGUGUCUUUCAAGGAGUGGAGUUGAAGACGUCUGGCUUAAAUUCACUGCAUUGCUGGAAAAUAAAAUGUCUUUACUCCUUUAAUUGUCAAGCAUGCGUCUCUCUGGUAUUUCAAACUGAUCAGAACUUCAUCUUGAUAAAAAGCUCAGUUCCAUCCAAAGAAAAUAAUCUGUCAAAUCUAAUUUUUACCUCUAUUUUGGAGAAAGGUCCAGUGUUUGUAAAGCCCCUGUUUUCCAAUAUAUUUGGAAGACCACCUUCUCUGUGUCGUUGUGUUCGUUUUAUGCUGUGAUUUUUUUUUUGUAACUUUCUCCUGACUGAUACCUUUGUACUGAGAUUGUUCUGAUUGUUUGUAACCAGCUAAAGUAUGCAAACGUCGAUGUCCAAAAAAGCCAAGUAGGACAGCAGAACUUUAUUUCAAGUAAAUUAGAUUUACUAUACUUUUUAAUCUUAUUUUUGUGUCACUAGUGGCCUUUAUUUCAAAGUAGGUCCAUGGGCCAGGACUCAAACCCAGGACGGCUGCAUCGAGGACUGAGGCUUGCACCCACCACCACCACCACGCCCCAUAUUUGUUAUAAUGGAUUACAAGUUUGAACUCAAAAAGACUAAAUGCUAAAAAUUAAUCAAAAGGGGUUUCCACAAGGUUUAUCGUUUAAGCGUGCGCAUAUUUAUUCUACCAGGUUAUUGCAGCUUUUUUACUUCUUAUAUUUUUUUCUGUGAUGUCUUUUUUAGUUGCGAUGUGGAGGACAAAGCUCACAUAUACACAAAAUGUUUUUAACUAUCAGUCAAAUGUUCUACAUUACAAAAGCUUUGUGUUUUAGAAAUGUCAUGAGAGCAACUGUGUGUGUGUGUAUAUUUUUUUUUUUAUAUAUAUAUAUAUAUAUAUAUAUAUAUAUAUAUAUAUAUAUAUAUAUAUAUAUAUAUAUAUAUAUAUAUAUAUAUAUAUAUAUAUAUAGUCCUGGUUUCAAACAGAUUACAUCAGCUCUUUCAUGUCUUUUAAAGCACACAAUAUUUAGAGUCUAUAUGGGUAUUGGGUUGUUUAAACAGAGCAGCAGUCCAGCUGAAGGAUGCUUAAAUCAAUUUGGGGCAAAGGCUACACAGGCACAAAUGUUUUUUUAUUGUGAAAAGCACUUAGUGAAAUGACGAGGAAUUUUAUUUUUUUUUUUUAUAAAUCACCCUCUUGAUAUUUUAUAGUGUUGCGUGGUAUAUACCAGCCUGAAUUGUUUGUAAGUCAGGGUUAAUGUAUAACCACUAAUGCUCAGGAGAUUUGGUUGCCAAUGUUCAAUUUAGACCUUUAAAAUGCUGUUUUAAUUUUGCGUCUGUCUGUCUGUCUGUCUAUCUAUCUGUAGUUUUUGUGUGGUUGACAGAAUUGCACUGUUGGAGUUUGUAUUGAAAAUGGUGGGCAGUUUGAGAAGUUAACACAAAUGUUUACGAGAUUUAAUGAUCUGCAGCACCUGUUCCAUCUGUAGUGACGAUUUGAAGCUGAUGGAAACUUGCAGGCUGAUGCUUUUGAACUCUGGUAAUGUACUGUAAAAGCCAUAUUUUGUAAAGGAACAAUUAAAAAGAUGGAAGAUGGAA